AUGGCCCAAAACUUGGGCAUGUCGCAACCCGAAGCGCCCGACCUAGCCGCGCCCGUGACCAAUCCGAAUAACCUCUAUGAGCGGUUCCAGAGACACAGGCCGCCUACAUUUCCCGGCACUCAUCGCCUCGAGAAAGUGGAACAUUGGCUCAACCGAGUCACCAAGUUAUUGCAGCCUCUCCACUGUUCUGAGACAGAAAAUGUAGAGCUGGUCUCAUAUCACCUUGAGAAGGAGACGGACCUAUGGUGGGAGAGUGUCCUCCGAUCCAUCCCCGAGAACCAAAUAUGGACGUGGGAAGCAUUUGAAGCCCGCUUUAGGGAGAAGUAUAUCCCUCGAUCGUAUCAGCACGAGAGGGAGAAUGAAUUUCUCCGCCUCCAACAAGGGGGGAUGAGCGUGGCCCAAUAUGAGAACCGCUUUACUGAACUCUCCCACUAUGCUUCUGAAAUGAUUGCCAAUGAAGUGGUCAAGAUGAGGCGGUUCACGGCAGGGCUGAGGAGCAGUAUUCGCUCCAAGAUAUGUUGCGUCAACAUUAGGACAUACGCCGAGCUUGUCGAGAUGUCCAUCAGGGCGGAGUAG